AUGGAUGCAAAGUCGACUAGCGAUGAAACAUUAUCGACAUCGAUGGUGUCAGAAAUUAAUGACGAAAAAGAAAAUAUUCCACUUUGCAGCUAUUGUCGAAAAUCUUUUGCUAACUAUUCAAAUUUAAGACAUCAUAUACAAAUUGUUCAUUUAAAAGAAAGCAAAUGGGAUUGCAGUAAAUGCGGAAAGAUUUGCUCAUCGAAAUCGAAUCUUAAAGUUCACUUUCGUACACAUAUUCGCGUUAAACCGUAUACGUGCAAAUAUUGUGAAUAUGAUUGUAUGCAUCAUUCGUCAAUCAAAGAUCAUCUAACAAAAAAUCAUCCAGAUAAACCACAUACAAGUAUUGAACCUGGAUAUAAUUAUAAUUCUCAAGCUGUUCCUGAACCCGAUGAAUUCAAUGCCGUCGAUUUCGAUCCAGCAAAAUUUGUCGAACAACAAACCCAAUGUAAACAACGCCAAUCAAUUAUUGUUGAUAAUAAUGGCACAUUAAAAUAUACUCAAACAAUGACAACAACAACUAAAAACACCUCACAUGCAAAUAAUCAUAUAACAAUAACAAAACCGAAACGUUUUCGUAGCGACACAAAUCUACUAGAAACAACUGAAACGUCACCAUCAAUAACACCAUCGUUCCCGUUUCUUGCUCCAACUCCAUUUCCAUUAUGGCCAUUUAAUCUCUAUCAUCCAUCGUAUAUUCCAGCUAUGAUGAAUGCAAUACGUUUAUCGUCACUUUCAAAUUCAGUCGUACCUCCGAUUCACGAAGAAAAACAUCCGAUUAGAACAAAUCGAAAAUCAUUUGAAAUUGAAGGAAUAUUAAAUUUAUCAUUACGUGAUAAUAAACGUAAAAAUCUUUCCGAUACAAUUUCAAGUGAAGAAGAAGACUCGAUUUAA